UUCAAAACAUUUUUCAUUUUUUUUUCUUGAUCAAAAAACUUUAAUCAGAAUGAGUGCUAAGUUUAUAGUAUGAUUUUUUAGUGUGAUUGAAUAUCAAUAUCACGAAAUCGGGCACGCGAUGACAUCAUAAACAUCAUCCACCCUACUUUACAUUAUUCAAUUCAAUCAUAAUUGCAGAUUUCUUGCACUCUGACUGUGCCAUCUGUCAUGACUUAUGAGUUAUGAACUAGAAAAUUCAACUCCUGAAAUGAGGAAUACGCUGAAAUUGGAAUUUGACAACAUUGAGAAGAAAAAUUCAUGGUCGGAGUUAUUUACGGGUCUAUUUUCGCAGGAAAUGAAUGAAUUUUCCACCAAAGAUGUUCAACGUCCAUGUUCUCAUUCUUUAGAUUGGAAUUAUGUAGAUGUGCCUGAAGCUGCACGAAGAUACAUUGUUGCUAAAGGUCCGCAAUUUUGUGCAUUGUCAAAGAUUUGGAUCAAAGUUUGGGAAGAAAAUUGUAAAGCCAUUGUCAUGCUCGGCAAUUUUUUUGAAUCAAAGUUGAGUUCUACUACAUACUGGAUAACACCUACACGUUUUUUGAAUGCUGCAUAUCCAGAUGAAGGAAUAACCGAAGUCGAGCUAAUCGAUUGCCCAUUAACGGUGGAGCAAAUCUCGGAAGAUGAAAAUCCAGAUUAUGUUGUUCGCAAAUUCAACUUGAAAAACACAAAGCUGCAGCAGAACAGGAUAAUUGUUCAUUUCCAGUACAUUUCCUGGCCAGAAUUUGGUAUUCCCCCAACAACUUCAGUAUUUUUUAAAUUUUUGGAUGCUGUUCUCCAAAGUGGCGCUUUCGACUCCGCAUAUGGUCCCCCACUGAUACACUGCUCAAAUGGAGGCGGAAGAUGUGGUACAUUUUGUUUGAUUGAUGCUACCCUCCAGGUAUUGAUGACCAGAAAAGAAGUUGAAGAAAUCAGUAUCUUAAAGAUUUUAACGAAAAUGAGGAACACUCGCAUGGGAUUGGUAGAAAAUGUUGAACAAUUAAAAUUUGUAUAUGCUGCCAUAAUGGAAAAGAUGGACAAAAUCCAUUGAUUUUCUCAAUGCCUUCAGUUUUAAGAUGUCUUUUAUGUUUACUUUCAGAUCCGAUUGAGGACAAAUGAACUGUGUAUUUGUGUAACAUCUACUGCCAUUUUAAAUUACUAUUUUUUUAAAAACUUUUGUCACAAAUUUCACAGCUGAAUAAAGUUGAAAUCAUGGUGAAAUAA